AAAACCCGAAAUUUCGGUCCGCUUCUGUCUGCGUUGCACGCACCGCCUGGCCGUCGUCACAGCCACCGGGAUCGGGACGCAGCGGAGGAGGCGAACAUGGCGGACGUCGUGCAGUACCGGCUGGAGCGGAUGACCGACGAGCUCGACGAUCUCGAGCGGCGCGGCCUCUUCUCCCGCCCAGAGAUCGCCGAGAUCGUCCGCCGUCGCCGCGACUUUGAGUACCGUCUCAAGCGCCCGUCCCCGCUGAAACAGGACUUCCUUGCCUACAUCGACUACGAGAAGCAGCUCGACGCCCUUCGUAAUCUCCGGAAGCGCGCCAUCAUCGGCGAGCUGAUCAAGGAGAAGCAAGCGCGGGAGGAGAACGAAGGGGCUGAUGAACAUAAGAAGAAGAAGAAGAUGUCUAAGAAGUGGAAGAAGUCUAUCUCCGAUAUCGCUGGGGUUUUGAGGAUCUUGGAUAUUUACAGGAUGGCCACGGUGAGGUACAAGGCCGAUUUGGAUCUCUGGUUCAAAUACCUCGAGUUUUGCCGAGAAAAAAGACAUGGGCGGAUGAAGCAGGUGCUAGCACAGGCAAUUAGAUAUCAUCCAAAGGUCCCUGGACUUUGGAUCUAUGCUGCAGCAUGGGAGUUUGACCAAAAUUUAAAUGUUGCAGCAGCUCGUGCUCUCAUGCAGAGUGGUCUCAGGACUUGUUCUAGUUCCGAGGAUCUGUGGAUUGAGUAUCUCCGAAUGGAGCUCACUUAUCUCAACAAACUGAAGGCUCGAAAAAUUGCUCUAGGAGAAGAUGUUAAAUUGUUGCAGCGAAACAACAGUGAUGCAGAUAGGUGGAAAGAAGAGAACAGGGAUCUUUUCAUGCCUUUGAAUGAAGAACAAGGAUCCAACGCACAAGAAGGUAGUUUGGACAAGGGAGAAGAACUUUUCUUGCAGCAAGGUGCAUUGGUUCUCCAAACCAUAUACCAUGGAGCCAUUGAGGCUAAUCCAUCAAGUCUGAGCUUGCGCCAGCGAUUCUUGGAGAUUUUAGAUACUGUGGAUUUAGCACAUUAUGAUGAAUUGAAAGUUGAGGUAAUGGAAGAUCUUAAGAAAGAUUUCUCACACGACGAAAACUACUGGGACUGGAUUGCUAGCUUGCAAAUUGGUGACAUUUCAGAACUGAAGGAUUCAGAGAGAUCUAAAAUUCUGUCCAAGUUGGAUAGAGUUGUUCAGGUUUAUGAGGAGGCUGUAAAUGUCUUGCCAACUGCCAAGAUGUUUUCUCUUUAUGCAAAGUUUUGGCUGGAUGUUUUGGUUUCUGAUGGUGAAGAUUCAACUUCUGCUCUGAGUAAUGCUGUUGUCGAUGAUCGAGACUUUGUAUCAUCUAUCAUUAAGGUUUAUGAAAAGGCAGAAUCCCGUGGAUGCCUUACAGCAGAUCUUGCCUGUCAGUACGUUUCAUUUUACUUGCAAAUUGGGAGGUUAGAUGAAGCAAAGAAUCUUGCUAAGAAACUUUGCAACAGUAAACUUCCGGACUCUGCAAAUUUAUGGAUUCUGAGAGCUUCAAUUGAGAUCAAAUGGUUUACAAAUAAAUCUUCUGCGAUCAAUAAGGAUGACUUGCAUUCUGUGUUUGAGUUCUUAAAAGAUGUGCUGACUAGACUAUCCAUCUCCGAAACUGAGUAUUUGUGGCUUAUGGCACUGAAAGUCUUUUCAAACAACAAAGGGUUUUUUGAAAAGCUGGUGAAGUUUUUAAUGCUUGCAUUGGGGAAAGCUAGUGGUACUGAUUCUGGAACAUCUGUUUCUUCUGCUGUCGUGAAUUGGGUUCUCCAAAGAGAGGGUAUUCAGCAAGCAAGAGUGAUGUAUAAGAGAUUUCUAGCUUUACCCCAUCCGAGUCUGAAAUUCUUCAGAUAUUGUAUGGAGCUUGAACAAAACCUCAUCUUUGUCGGAGAUAAUCUUGGUGUUACAUGUGUUCGCAAGUUGUAUGAAUCAGCUCUGGGCAUCUAUCCUGAGAACAGGGAAUUGUGGAGAGAUUACUACCUCUUGGAAAAGAAGGUCGGGACAUCCGAAUCUGUAAAUGCUGUCUACUGGCGUGCUCGAAAAACCUUAAAGGACACAUCAAUGAUAGUUAAUACUGACUUGUAAUCAAUUUUUUUAAUGUCAGUAUCAUCUGAUCUCAGUAUUAAUAGUUUAUUUUUACCUAAUGAAUGAAAUUUUGAGUUUCAAAUUCCAGAUCGGCUUGGGUGUAUCAGUGGAUGCUGUCUCAUUAAUAUUCUUUCUGAUUGAAGACACAAUUAAUUGGGUUUGUUGUUCUUUACAUGGGUAUGGCUCAUUUUGAUGUCAGGUUGGUGGUGCAUUCGGACAACUCAUUCAGAUGCUAGUGUAAGGCACAUAUCUUUCGUCUUGGAAAACUUGUUCUUAUGUCA